CCGGGCGCGUCUCCCCGCCCCAGGGGGACGUGUCCCGGCGAGGCUGCGGGAGAGCCCCCGCCCUCGCAGGGGGAGCUUGGGGGCGGAGUGGGAGGAGCCCACUCGAGUUCCGCCUCAGCAGUUAUGGCCGCGUAGAGUCUCCUCAGCGGUAGUGCUCGGACAUGGGCCUGCCCCGGGCCGGCAGCUUGAGGCAGCGAGUCUCCCCGGCGAAAAACACCAAUAUUAGAGACAUUUAAACAGCCAUACUAUCCUUGAAGGGACAUAAGUAACCGUACAUUAACAUGCCUGCUGUGGCUUCUGUACCUAAGGAACUAUACCUCUGUACUUCGUUGAAAGAUCUUAACAAGAAAACAGAAAUAAAAGCAGAGAAGACCAGUACAAAAAAUUAUGUGCAGAGUGCCCUUAAGAUCUUCAAGGCAGCAGAGGAAUGCAGGUUGGACAGAGAUGAAGAAAAGGCCUACGUCCUAUAUAUGAAAUAUGUGACUGUAUAUAAUCUUAUUAAAAAAAGACCUGAUUUCAAGCAACAACAGGAUUACUUUCAUUCUAUACUGGGACCUACAAACAUAAAAAAAGCUAUUGAAGAAGCUGAAAGACUCUCAGAGAGUCUGAAACUGAGAUAUGAGGAAGCUGAAGUUCGGAAAAAGCUUGAAGAGAAAGAGAGACAAGAAGAGCAGCAGAAAAAGCAAGAAGUAAAAGAUGAUGGAAAGGCUUUAGCCAAACACUCUUCAGAAAAUGCAGUAGAUUCCAAGGAAAAAAACCAAAGGAUCAAUGGUGAGAAGAAGGGUUCAGUGGAAAGAAAAGAUCAACUUGACAGAUUGAGUGCUCCUGUAUCUCAAGGAGCAAUCACUGCUGAGAAACUGUUUCCAAUGAUGAUGGACAAAAACAUUGAAUUGCUCAUAAUGGAUGCUCGAAGCUUGAAAGAUUAUCAGGAAUCCUGUAUUCCAAAUUCCAUCAGUGUUCCAGAAGAGGCUAUCAGUCCUGGAGUCACUGCUAAUUGGAUUGAAGCUAAACUCCCAGAUAGUUCUAAAGAUCCGUGGAAGAAGAGGGGACAUGUUGAUUAUGUUGUGCUACUUGACUGGUUUAGUUCUGCAAGAGACUUGCAGCUGGGAACAACUCUACAUAGCCUGAAAGAUGCACUUUUUAAGUGGGAAAGUAAAACUAUACUGCGGAGUGAGCCUUUAGUCUUAGAAGGAGGUUAUGAGACCUGGCUUCUUUGCUAUCCCCAACACACAACAAAUGCUAAAGUAACUCCACCACCGCGUGACAAGAGUGAAGCGGUGUCUGUCUCUUUGGAUUUUACUUAUCCCUCUCUGGAAGAGCCAGCUCCUCCACCACCACCUGUUGUCCAUGUAAAGCCCACUCCAGUAGAAGUGACUGAGAAUGACGAAAUGGGAAGUAAUCAAGAGGGGAGGACAGGAUCAUAUAACACACCAACUCCAAGUGCACCAGUUGCGGCUACCCCUCAGACUGAUGGUUCACAUGUAGUCCACCCAAUACACGCUGUGAUAAAUGUCCCACAGAUUGAUCGUACUAAAAAGCCUUUAGCAAAAUUUCUUGAUGAUGUUAAUAGUCCAAAAUCUGAAGGUACAACUCUUGACAAACAUCUUAUUCAGAAUGGAAGAAUGAUUCCAGAUCGAUCCACAAAGCCACCAUUUGAUGCAAAGACCAUGCUGACAGAAGAAGAGAAAAGCCGCAUACACGCAGAAACAGCUUCCAUGUUGGAGAAGAGCAAACGGGAAAAAGAAUUGCGGGAAAGACAACAAGAGAAACAAAGAGAGAAGCUCAAAUUGGAGAAACAGGAACAGGAAGAAAAGGAGCACCGAGAAAAGCUACAACAGGCAAAAGAAGAGAGAGAGAGGAGACAGGAGGAAGAUCAGGCAAUUAAGGAACAAAAGGAAAAGGAAGAACAAGAGAGAGCGCGCAAAGAAGUAUUAGAAGCAAAAAGACAAAAUAAAACUGAACAUGAAAACACUGCUGCAAAAAAAUCUGAGCUUGAAAAAGUACCUAUGGAAGAAAGAGCAAAGGGAACUCAAACACCAGAAAUGCAGAGGCGUGCGUUAGGAGAUACAUCUGUGACAGGAGUGUCAGUCUCAAGCAAGCACACUGGGGUUAAAGAACAACCAGAAAGUGGAGCUCAAAGAGAGGAUACUGAACAAGAUACUGAAAGACUUAAAUCCCAGCGGGAGCCGUUGAUUAGAGCACGAAGUGAGGAAAUGGGGAGGAUAGUACCAGGAUUGCCUGCAGGCUGGGCAAAGUUUCUGGAUCCAAUCACUGGGACGUUUCGUUAUUACCACUCGCCAACAAAUACUGUUCAGAUGUAUCCUCCAGAAAUGGCUCCUUCAUCCACCCCUCCAUCCACUCCACCAACUCAUAAAGCCAAGCCACAGGUGACUGCUGAAUGGGACAGAGAACACCCCAAAUUGAAGCGAUCCUACUCUUCACCAGACAUAACCCAAGCCAUUCAGGAGGAAGAGAAGAAGAAAAUUCCUGCAACUCCUGCAAUCAGUCGUGAAAAUAAACCAGUAUGUUACACUAAAGCUGAAAUCUCAAGGCUCUCUGCACCACAGAUUCGUAAUCUCAACCCUGUGUUUGGGGGAUCAGGACCAGCUCUCACAGGGCUUCGUAAUUUAGGGAACACUUGCUAUAUGAACUCCAUAUUGCAGUGUCUCUGCAAUGCACCACUUCUGGCUGAUUAUUUCAAUAGAAAUUUGUAUCAAGAUGACAUUAACAGGUUAAAUCUCUUGGGGCAUAAAGGCGAAGUGGCAGAAGAGUUUGGCAUCAUAAUGAAAGCAUUGUGGACAGGACAAUACCGAUAUAUCAGUCCAAAAGAUUUUAAAAUUACAAUUGGGAAGAUCAAUGACCAAUUUUCAGGAUACAGUCAACAAGACUCCCAAGAAUUGCUCCUGUUUUUAAUGGAUGGGCUGCAUGAAGACCUAAAUAAAGUAAGUAAUUCCCUGCUGAUAAAUCACGCAUCUCAGUCAGAUUGUAGAACAGAAAUAUAAAAUGUUUAGUGGCAGAAGUUUUGUGCUGUUAUGAAGAUGGAAAUAAGUGGUACAAUGUAAGGACUGGAUUGAAAAAUUUCUAUGUAUGCAAUUGCAUCUCUGCUUUAUGCACCCAGGGCUCAGAUUCUCUGCUGUGCUGAGUUUGCAUUUGACUCAGGUGGGUGUUUUUUGUUUUGUUUUGGUUUUUUUUCCAAAGCCUCCUUUCCCAUCCCCUGAUCUUGGGCUGCCCAAGCUGUAUUCAGACACUCUGUGCCCUGCCCCUGGCCCACCUCCUAUAUAGAGCAGAUGGGACAGGUGGUAUAGAGUCAGCUAUGCUAGCUUUGCACUACCAAGAACUUCCUUAUAUCGGGAACUCUGAGCUGCUCUGUUAUGGGUAGCUUUUUGGCUGCUUUAGGACAAAGUAGCUGGAGGAGGAGCCAAAAAUUGAGCCCAGAUACUGCAAUUGAGAAAUUAAAUGAGUAUUUAGACACACGAAUGGCCAUUUAGAUACAAGUGGCAAUUUGCACAUUGUUACCUAGGUUUAGCAUGAGCCCAUUUGUAAAAAGAGCGUUUCCAUGAUUUAAAAAUGGUGAUCUCUCCAAA